AUGAUUCACAACUUGGCGGUCUUCAACGACCGCUAUCUGUCUCCUCCUCCGACCUUCAAGAUGUUAACGUUGCGAGAUAUCAUAGCCGUGAUCAGACCGGGGGAUUGGCUUGCCUCGCUAGAUCUCAAGGACGCCUACCUGCACGUUCCGAUGCAUGCCGAUUUCCAUCACUACCUACGGUUUGUGCUACAGGGUCGGCAUUACGAAUGGAAAGUCCUGCCCUUUGGGAUAUCCAUAGCGCCAUGGCUGUUCACCAGAAUCACGACUCCGAUGUCACGCUUCCUGCAUCGCAGAGGUAUAUCCUUUUACCCAUACCUCGACGAUUGCCUGAUGAGGUGUCACAGCAAGACAGGGCUGACUGCACAUGUUGCCUUCAUCAUGGACUUUCUCAAGCAGCUGGGUUGGAUUAUCAACAUCGAGAAAUCUCGACUGGCUCCCACACAUUCUCUACAGUUCAUAGGCGCUUGGCUUCGACCCGACCUGGGCCUCGUUCAAGUUCCCUUAGACCGUUGGGAGAAGAUCCAGACCAUGAUUGUCAUAGCCCUCACCGCUCCAAUGACCUUCCGCGGUUGGCAGAGUCUCCUGGGUCUCCUCACUUCUGCCCAGGAUUUGACACUCAGAGGUCGUCUCCAGUUGCGGCGCUUGCAGAUGUUUCUCAACCCGUUUGUUCGUUUCAACAAUCCGGACUUGAUCAUCUCACUUCCAGACGAUCUACGCUCCAGCCUGCAGUGGUGGCAGCUCCGAUCGAACGUCUUAGAAGGUGUCUCUAUGCGGGCCUUCAUAGCCACUCAUCACCUAUUCGUCGACGCGUCACUGGAAGGUUGGGGAGCCCAUCUAAGCAACCAGACUACUUCAGGGCUGUGGUCUCCCGUCGAACUUGGACUCCACAUCAACCUGUUAGAGUUGUUGGCAGUCUACUACGCUAUCCUUCAUUGGCGACAGAUGUUGACGGAAGCCUCUCUCAUGGUGGCCACAGACAGUACGACCGCGGCGGCUUACAUCAAUCGUCAGGGCGGAACUCACUCCAGCAGUCUGCUGCAAAAGAAAGCAGACGGCGUAGACGACGUCCCGGGGCCUGCACGACGUCAAUUCGACGUCAACGUCCUGUAA